CACAUCAACACAAUAAUCUACUCAUAAAUGGCGACAAAACCAACAUGACGCGCAUUGAAAUACUAUUUUUAUUUCUCUUCUAUCCAUUAAUACCAAUAAAUGCAGCACGAACGAUCAGUUUACCCAUCGGCGGUCUUUUCAAUAGCUACACCCAACCGAGCUCGAAAGAGGCAUUCGAGAAUAUAAUUAAAAUGGGUGAUUCUAAGGUGUACUAUGGCAAGACGAUGUAUUCUGAUGCUGAAGAUAGUUACUCAACAGCUUUAGAAUUAUGUCAACAUACUUCAGAAAAUAAUGGCAUAGUAGCUUUGAUUGAUGCCCGAGCAACAAACGGUCUUUGUGAUACUGUAUGCUUACUUUGCAAUAGAUUUAAUAUACCACAUCUAUCUUUAGGUUGGGAACCUCCAAAUACUUUGACAGAAGAAAUAUUUACAUUUUCUUACUAUCCACCACCGGACCUAAUUUCCAAAGCAUACGCAAGACUUAUCAAGGAUCUUGAAUGGGAUAAGUUUUCAAUUUUGUACGAAGACGAUAACAGUUUUAUUCGCCUUCAUGAAAUAAUAAAUACGUGGCCCCAGGAGAAGAAGCCGAUUGUAUUCAGGAAAUUAGAUCCCACUGGGGAUAAUAAAGAAACAUUUAAAUAUAUUCUAAAAGCAGUUCAUAUAAGUUAUCACGUACUAGAUUGUGAUAUUAAUAAUGUAUUUAAGUAUAUGAGGGAAAUUAUGCAAGUUGAAAAUUCUACGGAGUAUCUGAGUUUUGUAUUAACGGAUCUUAAUUCAUAUACCAUUGACUUUAAUGAUAUUCCCAGCUUAUUAGCAAAUAUUUCUACAAUGCAUUUAACUACGAGUGGAGAUGACAAAUGGACAGAUAUUGGAAUUAAUAAAAAUAAAGGAGCAAUAAGGUUAGAAUCGGCCUUAGUUGUCGAUGCUUUGAAUCAUGUUGAAAAAGCUAUUAGAGCUAUGCAACAGGCAGGCGAUGAAGAGGGACCGAGUAUUUCACUAAGACCGCAUCUACCACCGGAACCGCCGUCUAUAUGUUACAAAGAUUCUAAAGCAGACUACGAAGCUUUUGCUUGGGCAUCUGGAAAUAUUUUGAGGGAAGCUCUUUUAAAUACAACGGCUUUAGGCUUCACGGGAAAUAUUCAAUUUGAUGAAGGAGGGAGAAGGACAAACUUUACUUUACAUUAUUCGAAAUUGAGUAAUGAUGGCCAGUUUGUAAAUAUUGGACACUGGGACUCUAAAACGGAUUUUAUUACAAAAGAGAACUAUGUAACAGACCGCUCAAGGGCUUUGGUAUACAACACUAAAAUAAGGGUAGCAACCAGAGAUGAAAAACCUUAUUAUGGCAUCUAUGAAAAUCCAAAUGGUACAAGCGAGUACCGAGGUUACGCAGUUGACUUAAUUGAUGCAAUAUUUGAAGAAAUAAAAGAGAAAGAAAAUGUUGAACUGGAAUAUGAAUUUUACAUAGUUGAUGGUAAUAAGCAUGGUAAUCUUAUAGCUGGAACAAACAAGUGGGAUGGACUCAUUGGCGAUUUAAUAGAACAUAAAGCUGAAUUGGCAAUAUGUGAUUUAACUAUCACUUCGGAGAGGAACGCUGUUGUUGACUUCUCUAUACCCUUUAUGUCUCUGGGAAUCAGUAUGUUAUUCAAGGAACCCGAUCCCGUAGACCCAGAUAUGUUCUCAUUUAUCAACCCUCUAGCGUUGGAUGUCUGGUUAUAUUUGGCAACAACUUACAUAAUAGUCUCAUUUGUACUACUUAUUUGUGCAAGAAUGAGCCAAGAUGAUUGGGUCAACCCACAUCCGUGUAAUCAGAAUCCGGAAAAUUUGCAGAAUAUCUGGAGUCUAUACAAUUGCAUGUGGCUCACAAUGGGUGCUAUUAUGACUCAGGGCUGCGAUAUAUUGCCAAGAGGAAAAGGAUCACGUUGGACUGCUGGUGUAUGGUGGUUCUUUGCCUUAAUCAUCACAGCGUCUUACACCGCUAACAUGUCUACGUUCAUUAGUAAUGAACGUCGCAGUAAUGAGAUCACCAAUGUCAAACAACUUUCCGAACAAACUAAAGUAUCUUAUGGUGCCGUGUACAAUGCUUCUACUUAUAAUUUCUUUAAGAACUCAAACAAUUCCGUUUAUCAAAAAAUUUGGAGUGUAAUGGUGUCGGCAAAACCAAAAGUAUUUACUAAUAACAAUGAGGAGGGCAAAGAGCGAGUUUUAAAGAGCAAAAAUGGAAAUUACGCAUUUUUCAUGGAGUCGACAGCAAUAGAAUAUUUUAGACAAAGGGAUUGUCGUUUAAAAAAUGUAGGCAAUAAAUUGGAUUCAAAAGAAUACGGCAUUGCUAUGCCAAAGAAUUAUCCUCGUAGAGCAUGGAUAGAUAAUGCAAUAUUGUCUUUACAAGAAUUGGGAAGGCUUACUGCACUGCAAAAAAAAUGGUGGGAAGAAGAAGGCGACAGUCAGCAUUGUGAUAAAAAUGCUAAGAGCGAAGAUGAUGGUGGAUCGCUUCAAAUGAAAAAUACCAGUGGUAUUUUCUUAGUACUUGGUGUGGGAGGGAUAUUAGGCCUAAUAGUGGCUAUUAUUGAGUUUUUAUUCCAUGCACGCCAGAUUUCUGUUAAAGAAAAGGUGACAUUCCGUGAAGCGUUCGCAAGUGAGUGGCGGGCGUCGUUGAACCCCCGCCAGUUGCACAAGCCUGCUGCCCCGCCUCGCUCAGCGCCACCCUCUCCUGGCUCUCAGUCACCAAGACGAGAACGGUCACAGUCGAGGGCCGUUUCUGUUCUACGAGCUGCUUCUUCCUUCAUCAAUUUUGAUGAAAUAUACUAAAAACAUACCAAUAUAUCAGUACUAAAAUUUUCGUUAGUAAUAUUAUCUUAUGAACUAUGUAAUAUUAUCUUUUUGUGGUAUUAACAAUACUUUUACACAUAAAAAUAUUUUCAUAAUAUUGUGGUACAGUCCAGUAAUUCGAUUUGUGGUAUUGUGGUAGACAGUGUAACUUUUUUCUUUGUACUUUUAUAAUGAACUUUGUAUGACAUUUAUAAAUUUUAAUAUCAAGAGAUAUAAAUAAUAAAAUAAUUACCGAAGUUUUUGCGUAUUUCAUAGUAAUAAAACUUUAUUCAAUGUUUAAAAAUAAAUAAUUAAAUAA